GGUUAUGAUUACUCUAGUGGAGUUUGGCAAUUUGAAGGCUAUGUUUUUGUUCCCAAGGGAACAAAUGGUGUUUCUAUAAUGCAGAUUCAUAGAGCAAAUGAUGAAAAGCCGGCUACAGAUUUAAUGUUAAAGGUUUUUGAUGGAGAACUCAGAGCAUAUUCAGUAAAAGUAGUGGAAUCUAAUAUUUUUGAUAGGUGGAUGCGAGUGAAUGUUAUACAUGAUGUUGAUGCUAACAAGUUGACAAUUUUCAUUGAUGGCGUUCAGAAGCUGCAGAGGGAUGGAAGAGGGGUUAGUAAUUUCUUCUUCAAAUUUGGUGUUUAUGAACAAUUUGGUGAGAGUUACUAUAUGGAAUCAAGAUGGAGGGACAUUAAAGUCUACAAGAAAUAUUGAUGAAAGAUGGAGUGUGUGUAUAUAAGAGUGCUAUGUGACAUGUGAAUUUGUUGAUGUUGUGUUGCUUUUGAGAUAUAAAGUACUAUGCAAUAUGGUGUUGUUGGCCUCUUAUUAAAUGAAUGUAUCAUUAAAAAAAAGAAUGGGGUCAUGUAUCUUGUGUUAUGUAUCUAUCUUUUAAUGUAAUAUAUGCUACGUUGAUGAAA